GGCCAGCAGAACCAGAGGUGCCGCGUAACUCCGGUUUGCUUUCCUCGGAGGCAUGCCGGGCCCGGCCUCCGGCCGCCGCUUCCCUCACCUGGGCGGAAGCGGCCGACGGCCACGCCCACGGACCUGGACCGCGGAGGCUGUCGGGAAAGCGUCGGGCUUCACGCUCCCUGCCCGCCCGCUGUGACGUCACACGUGCCCUUUGACCACCGCGGCCCGCCCCCUCCCUGCCUCUUCCUAUCCAGCGGCAGCGGCGGCAUCCGGGGCGACCAUGGAGGGGUCCCCGCCGAUGGCCGCGCCCCAAGAAGCGGAGGCGUCCUGCUCCUCCUGGGGGCCAGUGCAAGUAAAACUUUGCCCAUCAUGCCAGCAGAAUCUUUGGAGAUUGACGAUGGAUUGUAUAGUCGACAGAGAUAUGUUCUUGGAGACACCGCAAUGCAGAAGAUGGCCAAGUCCCAUGUUUUUUUAAGUGGCAUGGGUGGUCUUGGUUUGGAAAUUGCAAAAAACCUUGUUCUUGCAGGCAUUAGGGCACUUACAAUCCAUGAUACAGAAAAAUGCCACACACGGGAUCUAGGGACCAACUUCUUCCUCUGCGAAGAUGAUGUUGUUAAUGUGAGAAACAGGGCUGAAGCUGUACUUCAUCAUAUUGCAGAGCUAAAUCCAUAUGUUCAUGUCAUGUCAUCUUCUGUUCCUUUCAAUGAAACUACAGAUCUCUCCUUCUUAAAUAAAUACCAGUGUGUGGUAUUGACUGAUAUGCAACUUCCAUUGCAAAAGAAGAUCAAUGACUUUUGCCAUUCUCAUUGCCCACCAAUUAAGUUCAUCAGUGCCGAUGUACAUGGAGUUUGGUCACGAUUAUUUUGUGAUUUUGGUGAUGAAUUUGAAGUUUCAGAUACGACAGGAGAAGACCCAAAAGAAAUUUUCAUUUCAAACAUAACACAGGCUAACCCUGGCAUUGUAACUUGCCUUGAAAAUCAUCCUCACAAACUUGAGACAGGACAAUUCCUAACGUUUCGAGAAAUUAAUGGAAUGACAGGUUUAAAUGGAUCUAUACAACAAAUAACUGUGGGAUCACCAUUUUCUUUUAGCAUUGGUGAUACUACAGAGCUGGAAGCAUAUUUACAUGGAGGAAUAGCUAUACAGGUUAAAACUCCUAAAACAUUUUUCUUUGAGCCAUUGGAGAAGCAGAUAAAACAUCCAAAGUGCCUUAUUGCGGAUUUUAGCAAACCUGAGGUACCUUUGCAGAUUCACACAGCUAUGCUUGCAUUGGACCAAUUUCAGGAGAACUAUAGUCGCAAGCCAAAUAUUGGAUGCCAAGAAGAUGCAGAAGAGCUGCUAAAGCUGGCAACAUCUAUAAGUAAAACAUUGGAUGACAAGCCUGAAGUAGAUGCUGAUAUUGUGCGCUGGCUUGCUUGGACUGCCCGAGGGUUUUUACCCCCACUUGCUGCAGCAGUAGGAGGAGUUGCCAGUCAAGAAGUACUGAAAGCUGUGACAGGAAAGUUUUCUCCUUUAUGCCAGUGGUUAUAUCUUGAAGCAGCAGACAUUGUCGAAUCCUUAGGCAAACCUGAAUGUGAAGAAUUUCUCCCACGAGGAGAUAGGUACGAUGCUUUACGAGCCUGCAUCGGAGAUACUUUGUGUCAGAAGCUACAAAAUUUGAAUAUCUUUUUAGUAGGAUGUGGAGCCAUAGGCUGUGAAAUGUUAAAAAAUUUUGCUUUACUUGGCGUUGGUACAAGCAAAGAGAAAGGAAUGAUUACAGUUACAGAUCCUGACUUGAUAGAAAAAUCAAACUUGAACAGGCAGUUCCUGUUUCGUCCUCAUCACAUACAGAAACCUAAAAGCUAUACUGCUGCUGAUGCAACUCUGAAAAUAAAUCCUCAAUUAAAGAUAGAUGCACAUCUGAACAAAGUAUGUCCAGCCACUGAGGGCAUUUACAAUGAUGAGUUUUAUACUAAACAAGAUAUAAUUAUUACAGCAUUAGAUAAUGUGGAAGCCAGGAGAUAUGUUGACAGCCGUUGCUUAGCAAAUCUGCGGCCUCUCUUAGACUCUGGAACAAUGGGCACUAAGGGGCACACUGAAGUUAUUGUACCUCACUUAACUGAAUCUUAUAAUAGUCACCGGGAUCCCCCAGAAGAGGAAAUACCAUUUUGUACUCUGAAAUCCUUUCCAGCUGCUAUUGAACACACUAUACAGUGGGCAAGAGACAAGUUUGAAAGUUCCUUUUCUCACAAGCCUUCAUUGUUUAACAAGUUUUGGCAAACUUAUCCAUCUGCAGAAGAAGUCUUACAGAAGUUACAAAGUGGACAGAGUCUAGAAGGCUGUUUUCAGGUUAUUAAGUUACUUAGCAGAAGACCCAAAAAUUGGCCUCAAUGUGUAGAAUUAGCAAGACUAAAAUUUGAAAAAUAUUUUAACCAUAAGGCGCUUCAGCUUCUUCACUGUUUUCCUCUGGACACACGAUUAAAAGAUGGCAGUUUGUUUUGGCAAUCACCAAAGAGGCCACCGUCUCCAUUAAAAUUUGACUUAAAUGAGCCUUUGCACCUCAGUUUCCUUCAGAGUGCUGCAAAACUUUAUGCUGCAGUAUACUGCAUUCCAUUUGUAGAAAAGGACUUAACAGUAGAUGGCCUCAUGAAUAUUCUUUCAAAAGUAAAGAUUCAGGAAUUUAAGCCAUCCAAUAAGGUGGUUCAAACAGAUGAAACUGCACGGAAACCAGAUCAUGUUCCUGUUAGCAGUGAAGAUGAGAGGAAUGCUGCUUUCCAACUAGAAAAAGCUAUUUCAUCUAAUGAAGCUACCAAAAGUGACCUUCAGAUGGCAGUGCUUUCAUUUGAGAAAGAUGAUGACAGUAAUGGACACAUAGAUUUCAUCACAGCUGCAUCCAAUCUCCGUGCCAGAAUGUAUAACAUUGAACCAGCCGACCGUUUCAAAACCAAGCGCAUAGCUGGUAAAAUUAUACCUGCCAUUGCAACAUCCACUGCUGCAGUUUCUGGUUUGGUCGCCUUGGAGAUGAUCAAAAUAACUGGUGGCUUUCCAUUUGAAGCAUACAAAAAUUGUUUCCUUAACUUAGCCAUUCCAAUUAUAGUAUUUACAGAGACAUCUGAAGUCAGAAAAACUGAAAUCAGAAAUGGAAUAUCAUUUACAAUUUGGGACAGAUGGACUAUACAUGGAAAAGAAGAUUUUACCCUCUUGGAUUUUAUAAAUGCAGUCAAGGAAAAGUACGGAAUUGAGCCAACAAUGGUAGUUCAGGGAGUUAAAAUGCUUUAUGUUCCUGUAAUGCCUGGUCACGCAAAAAGGUUGAAGUUAACGAUGCAUAAACUUGUGAAACCUUCUACUGAAAAAAAGUAUGUGGAUCUUACUGUGUCAUUUGCCCCAGACACUGAUGGAGAUGAAGAUUUACCAGGACCUCCAGUGAGAUACUUCUUCAGUCAUGACAUCGAUUAAUAGAGGUGACCUUAAAGUUACUCCACAAUUACAUGGAUUUAUAAAAAGCUUAAAAAAAAAUCAGCUCGUAAUACUGUGGAUUUCUCUUUGAAGAAGCCUUAAUUUAAGGAAAACAUCAGUAAGAAACUACAUUGAAUAAUUAGAAGACCUUUUGGAACAUAAUAUAAACUUGUCUGAUGCUUCACACAUGGCUGUGAUAACAAGCAACUUUUAAUUGGAAUACCAUUUUGUAAUACAACAAAUUUGUGUCUUAAGCUCUCUGGAAGAAAAUGAAACAAAGUAUUUGUCUAUGGCAAAAAGAAAAAUAUAAAGAAAUUGAAAGUAGUGAAUGCAGCUAUCCAAAAAAGUUAAUCUCACUUUAUAAAUUUCUUUUUGUUUGGUAUUUGAGACCCAUUUUUCAAUACAAAGGCUGUUCAGCACCUUGUGUCUCUUAUGUGAUUAGGCUUCAAAAUUUUAAUACCAUUGGAAGAGGAGAGACAAUAGUGGUAGAUGAAGAGUAAAGAUUUUAAAUUGUGUAGUUAUACUUUACUGUCCUAUUACCUCUUCUAAUUUAAAGUGUUUAUUAUAUCCCCAUCUCCCCCGAAUCAGGAUUUUUUUUAUAUCAUCAGUGUUGUAAGUCAUGAGCAAAUCAGAUGACAUAUGUUGACUUAAACUGUAUUAUAUAUGUAUUAUAUGGACUUGGACAACCCUCGUAGAAAAUCCAAGAAUGUGAACAGAAAUGUGGCUAAUCAUUUGAACUUUAAAUAUGCCUUCUGGUGUGGGUAUUUUAUUUAUUUGGAACUCUAAGCAAUUGUGAUCAUGCGUAAGACUAGAAAGUUUUGUAAAGGGAGUAUCCUCAGAAGUAGAUGAAAACUAAAAAUUAAAAAUAUCACUAGUAAAGUCUUGAUUUUUUUUCUUCUAGCAAUCUAAUGUUAAGAAAAAAUAUGUUUACUUUAAAGGGAAAUAUAUUGUUUUAUUCCUCAUUCCCAGAAAGGGGAUUAAAAAGGAUAAAAAAAAUAUUUUUUAGGUCUUUAUUGAGAGAAACUUUCUGUUUUCUAAUAGAAACUAUUGCAGAUAAAAGUGCUUUCAUUAAAACUAUGUGAAGUACUCAACACUGAACUCAAUGAGAGCAGCAAGGGAUCCCUUUACUCCUAAGGCUGACUUGCUUUCAGAAGCAUUUGGCAUUUCAUAACCUCAGGAAGUCUUUUCCCUCUAGCUCCUUUCUGCUCUCCUGUCCAAACCAUUCCUAGGUACUUUGAUAUUAAAAAAUGGAUGCACUCUCAUUUGAUAGCUCUUUAUACUCUGUAAUUACUUUCCUUUUCCACUUAAAAAUAGUUUAUUUUUUUUUUCAACCACGGGUUUUGUUUCCUUUUUUUGUGAAGGUAUCAUCCAUUUAGGAAAAUGUAUUUGGAAGUGGAGAGUCAAUUUGAAUAACUGAAAGAUAACCUUCUCAUUGAGAGAUAGGGGAAAGUGAACAGUAGGAGUUUUAAGAAAAUAGCUUUCUUGGAAAUAAAUUAAUUUUUGAUCCCCAUAUCCUACCCUCUUCCUUUGUAUAUAUUCCAAUAUUAAAAAUUAACAUUACCUAAAAUUGAAUCCAGGAAUAUCAAGGCUCUGUGUCUUCAAAUCGUAGAAGAUAAAAAUAAAAAAUAAUUUUGUAUUAAGAAGCCA